GGCAACUGCCAGCUGCCUGUGAGGCUCACUGCCGCUGAUCUGCACCAAUACCCAAACAAGACGGUAAGCCAACCGAGGGAGGGAGGGAGAGAGGAUGGCUCUCAAUCGGUGUGUGGUGUGUUGAUGUGUUGUGUGUGCAGGCGUAUUCGGCCGCUCCCCGUGUGUUGGCUCAGCUCAAGAUGGUCGGCCCCCACAUCCACUUCGGCGACGGUGAGACCUUCCAGCUGUUCCACCACGGCAACAUACUGCGGGCCAUCAAGGACGAGUACGGCUUCGAUAUCGACAUCGACCCGCCCCUCCCUCCCAUCCACCCCUACCAGCAGCACCGACAGCCGCAUGACCCGCCAGUCCGCAGCAGAAUCGCAUAUCAUCUGCCCGAGGGCUGGCAGUCGAUGGGCGCUGGGGACUACUCGUCUGUGUCGUCGUUUGUUAAGACCAUUGUCAUCGGCCACUUCAACGGGACUCACCAGAUCAACUGCACCAGCCGUCCAGUCAGCAGGUGAGGCGGGGCAUCAUUCUGUGUGGGCAUUGCCAUAAGACACGAGUGACUGUUUUGUGUGUGUGUGUCAGACAUGUCGACAACCACCGGCUGCACACCAUCGUGACACAGUCCCCCCACACACCAGUGGAGGAAUGCAUCACAACAACAUCGUACCUCCCCCUUGUCGGCCUCCGUCGUUCUCUCGUGCUGACCGACGCCUGCCAAUCGUUCGUCGCAUGGAUCGCCGUCACGGAUGUCGCCAACAUUGGUCAGCCCAGCAUGGCACAGCAACAGGGGAGGGAAUGCAGUGCCACUCUCAUCUCUGUCCUCUGCUGUCAUUCGUUUGGAGUGCGUGUGUGGGUCAUGACCACCGAGUCGGCUGUGUCUGGUGUGGGUGGCGCCUUCAAGGACCGCUUCCCAGUGACCACUCGGCUGGCGCGGGCGGUCCUGGGGGCCGUCAACUCAGCCAUCCUGUCUGACGGCGCACCGGAACCGGGACAGCAGCCGCAGGACGACAGUGACGAAGGUACGGACACAGGACACGGGAAGGGACGCCCACGGAUGGAUGGAUGGAUGGAUUGUCUUCACUGCUGUUGGUGUGCGGUGCAGAUUCCGAUAACGACGAUCUGGACGGUGACGACGGUACGGAAGCAGACACAGAUAAAUGGAUGGAUAGAUGACCCCCUUCUCUAUCCUCCGUGUGUAUGCUGCAGAUUUCGAUGGCGAUGAUGAUGAUAUGGAGGACGACUGGGAGGACUUUGAUGAUGAGGACGAUGAAGAUGAUGAUGAUGAGGGCAGCGGAGGUGAGGACACGUGUGUCUGCCUAUUUGUGCCACCUGAUUGAUGCAAUCUCAGCAGGUGGCGAGGCCGCGGCGGCGUCUGCAUCUGCAUCUGCAUCGGCGUCUGUGAGCUGGGCUGCCUCGUGAUGCAUCGAUGGAUGGAUGGAUGGAUACACUCACGCUAUUUGUGCGUGUGUGUCCAGCCAUCAGAUGCACCAUGAACUUUAUGUGUCCAGUGCUGCGGUGCAGUGUGUAUUUCACACUCGUUGCCUAUCCACACCCACACAUACAUGUCAUCACACCAGUUUCACAGACAGACAGACAGACAGACAGACGAACAGGCUGCUCCCAUGCAGUCAGUCAUUUUUGGCUGCUUGUGGGUGCACGGCGAUUGAUGCGUGUGGCUGACAGCUGGAGGCCCUUCCUUCCUGUGUGUGUCGUUCUGCAUUCAUGCACACCUCGUUUGGCCCCUAGAUGUGUGCCACUAAGGCGUUUUUGCUGAAUGUAUCCAUACUGGCGCGAUGCGCUCCAGCCCUCCUUGCUUGCUUGUGUGGUGUCUCGGUGGAGGGACGGCUGCCUGCAGGUAGGAUCCGAUGCAUGUGAUGUGCGCUUGGCCCGUCUUGUCUGCUGGCUUGCCUCACAUCGGCUCCUCCAUCUCCCCCCCUCUCUCUCUCUCUGUGUGUCUGUACACAUUUGUAUGUCUUCUGUACACACCUCUGUAUCGGUGUACACAGACGUAUAUUGCGUAUACACUGACUCACAUAGAUAUAUAAUGGACAUACUCACAUCCACCUGUGUCCAUCCAUGGCCAUGUCGGCUUUCUUGUUGACGCUCUGCGGCUUUCCUCUCUCUCUCCCUCUCUGUCUGUGCCUCUCUAUGCAUGAAUGGCUGACAUCCAUGCGCUCAUUCAUGAAGUACGGCUUCUCUCUCGAAGUGGGUCGAUCGACAUCGUGAGGAUGACUGUCUUUCUGUGCGGACUCAUUCAUUUGAUGCGCUCGGUCUGUCUGGAAUGAAUGCACGUGCCCUCGGGCGGUCCAUCUCUGCUUCCUCGCCUCACGUCGACGUUGAGUGCGCAUUGACAUGUAUUGGAUUCGGUUCGUCAGUGUGCACUGCCUUACGCAUACACACAAG